AUGUUCGCGUUGUAUCUUGAUAUACAGAAGCAAAAAGUCCUUGAAGAUUUAGAUGAUGUGGAAGCCCAGGGUUGGUGGAAGAGCUUUAUUGGAAAAUGGAAUCGUGGAGAACUUGCAGAGGGUUGGUAUGAUCCCGAAACUCUGCAGAAAGCAGUACAAAAUCAAGCAGCGGAAUCAGCAUUUGAUGGACCUGAAAAGGCAAUGAGUACUGAGCCGCGAAGGCGUUCGCCCAAAGGCCGUGGGACAGAAUCUGCGGGAAGGAGACGAAACGAAGUCGAAGACAACAGCGACAGCGAUGGCUCUAUCGGGCCUGCUUUGCCCGAACAGGAUGGCAGAUCAAGAGGUGGCAGAAUGGGACCUAGCAUUCCCAAUAUGCAAGACUUGGAGCUUAAACGAGAAAUGGACGAAGAAGAUGGGCUUCUGAGACGAGACGAUAUAAGAUUCGCUAGAAAAAUUGACCGUAAAGAACAGAAAGCCGCUUUGGACGAAUUAGUCCCACGAGCAGAGGCAGGGACUCGAGAGCGUCAAUUAGAGAAAAAGAAGGAAGUGAACGAAACAAUGAAGGCAUUUCGAGAAAAGUCGCCAGGGGCCGCGGAAGUGCCUGACACAGAAUUGAUGGGUGGUGGUGACGGAAUCAAUGAUUUCAAGAAGCAGAAACAAGAGCAUGAGCGGAAGAAGAACGAGAGGGAGCUGAGGAAAGAAGAAAUCUUAAGAGCACGGCAAGCAGAAAGAGAUGAGAGGCUACAAGAAUACCGUACAAAGGAAGAAGGCACCAUGGCUAUGUUGAAAGCUUUGGCUAAGCAAAGAUUUGGAUAA